GGGGCGGGGCCGCAGCUGCGCGCCGGAUGUUGUUGUGGAGGCAGCAGGAACAGCUGAGAGCCAGACCACAACAAGACGCUGCGGACAGACCCGGGGUUCACAGCGGAAACACGACCAGAGAGCGGGCGGCACCGAGCCCAGGACCUCACAGACACACACCAUCGAGAGGCUUGUCCACAGCACAGCUGAGCGCGAUGGGGCGGAUCUUCCUGGACCACAUCGGCGGGACACGGCUGUUCUCCUGCGCCAACUGCGACACCAUCCUGACCAACCGCUCCGAGCUCAUCUCCACGCGCUUCACCGGCGCCACCGGCCGCGCCUUCCUCUUCAACAAGGUGGUGAACCUGCAGUACAGCGAAGUGCAGGACCGCGUCAUGCUGACGGGCAGACACAUGGUGCGCGACGUCAGCUGCAAGAACUGCAACAGCAAGCUGGGCUGGAUCUACGAGUUUGCCACGGAGGACAGCCAGCGCUACAAGGAGGGCCGCGUGAUCCUGGAGAGGGCGCUGGUGAGGGAGAGCGAGGGCUUCGAGGAGCACGUGCCCUCCGACAACUCCUGAGCGCAGGCCAGCCGUCGGGCCGCGCCCCCCCAGCAGCCAGCGUCGCGUCCGCCGAACACCCGCACCCCCAUCUGCUGCUCGCCGCGAGAAUCGACUCAUUCCGACCGACCGCUCGCUGCCGCUGCCC